CUGGUGAUAGCGCCGACGAUGUUAAUGUCUGCGUCGCCCUUAGUACUGCUCUGCUUCUUCCCGGCGAUCUCAACCUAAACGCCGAUAUGAGCGAGUAUGAAAAUUUUGCCCUGAUGCUCCAGCACUCUAUUCAAGCCAUCCAGCAUGCUCAUUCUUUCUCACUGCAAGCGUUUGAGAAUCGGAAGGAGCUGGCCGACAAGAAGAGAGAGGCUGCUAGUCUACAGAAGACUAAUAAAAACUUGCAAUCAAAAAUGAAGACCUUGGAGGAUCAAGCCGAGGCUGCUAUCAAGGCUAAGGAUGAUGCCGAGGAAAAAACAGAAUCUGCUGAGGCCAUCAAGAAGGUUCUUGAGGCCGAAAAGAAAGAAGCUGAGGAAAAGAUGACCCAGGCUCAGAAGGAACUUCAAGAAGCCCUGGCCACAAAAGAGGCAGAAGUCAAGGCCACCAAUGAGAAGGGAUACAAUGAGGGGGUGGCCGACGUCACGGCGGAUUACGAGAAAUAAGUAAAGCAUGCAUGCAACAAGGGUUUCA